CACGGAGGUCGGUGAGUGAGAGGGAGAGAGAAAGAAGGAGACAGAGAGGGCGUGAAGAUUAUUUGGAGUGCGGCUCACCGAUUGCGCGCGCCAACAAACACAAACACACACCCACACACACACACACACAAACAAAGAAACGGCAGGACAAGACGAGACGGAGCAAUAAACACGGGACGCAGGAUUAUGAUGUCCUUCCUCUAAGCUGAACUUCAGCCUGGCUUCAACUCGAGUAAACUCGCAGAAGCCUUGCGUUUUCCUGCCUUCCUGCCUCAUUUUGUUCUUCUUCGCCCUCUCACGGUAUAAACCAGUCCAAUUUGUCGAACGUCAGCCACCAUCAGGCGGCCAUGGCUGAUAUGGCACAGAAAGAGAAGCUGCAGUGUCUGAAGGAUUUCCACAAGGACACGUUAAAGCCAUCUCCGGGUAAAAGUCCAGGCACGCGGCCAGAAGACGAGGCGGAGGGCAAACCUCCACAGAGGGAGAAAUGGGCCAGCAAACUGGACUUCCUGCUCUCAGUAGCAGGCGGUUUUGUUGGAUUGGGGAACGUCUGGCGUUUCCCGUACCUCUGCUACAAGAAUGGUGGAGGUGCAUUUCUCAUCCCAUAUUUCAUCUUCCUGUUUGGCGGAGGACUUCCUGUGUUCUUCCUGGAGGUGGCGCUGGGCCAGUUCACCUCUGAAGGAGGAAUCACCUGCUGGGAGAAACUCUGCCCCAUCUUCACUGGAAUUGGCUACGCAUCUAUUGUGAUCGUGUCCCUGCUGAACAUCUACUACAUUGUGAUCCUGGCUUGGGGUUUGUAUUACCUGCUGCAGUGUUUGCAGAGAGAGCUGCCAUGGGCACGUUGUCGCCACAGCUGGAACACCCCCAACUGUGUGGAGGACACAAUCCGCAAGAACAAAACCCUCUGGCUCUCGGCCAACGCCACCAACUUUACCUCACCCGUGACUGAGUUCUGGGAACGUAACGUGUUAAGUUUGUCAUCGGGGAUCGAUGAGGUGGGCGAGCUGAAGUGGGAUCUCGCCCUCUGUCUGCUCGCCGUCUGGGUCAUCUGCUUCUUCUGCAUCUGGAAAGGAGUGAAAACCACGGGCAAAGUGGUGUAUUUCACUGCUACAUUUCCCUUCCUCAUGCUCAUUGUGUUGCUGGUGCGAGGCGUGACUCUGCCUGGUGCUGCCGAGGGCAUCAAGUUCUACCUGUACCCCGAUUUGAGCCGCCUCCAAGACCCUGAGGUGUGGAUCGAUGCAGGGACUCAGAUCUUCUUCUCUUAUGCUAUCUGUCUUGGUGCAAUGACUUCAUUAGGAAGCUACAAUAAAUAUAAAUAUAACUGCUAUAGGGACUGCUUGUUGUUGGGAUGCCUGAACAGUGGGACCAGCUUUGUGUCCGGCUUUGCCAUCUUCUCCGUCCUGGGCUUCAUGGCGCAGGAGCAGGGCGUGGCCAUCGCCGACGUAGCUGAGUCAGGUCCUGGUCUGGCCUUCAUUGCGUAUCCAAAGGCAGUCACUAUGAUGCCACUGCCCACUUUUUGGGCAAUACUCUUCUUCAUCAUGCUUCUGCUGCUGGGCCUAGACAGUCAGUUUGUAGAAGUGGAGGGUCAGAUCACCUCCCUGGUGGACCUGUACCCAUCCCUCCUAAGGAAGGGAUACCGGAGAGAGAUCUUCAUCGCUGUCAUCUGUGUCAUCAGUUACCUGGUGGGACUCACAAUGGUCACUAAUGGUGGCAUGUAUGUGUUCCAGCUGUUUGAUUACUAUGCAGCCAGCGGUGUGUGCCUUCUCUGGGUUGCAUUCUUUGAAUGUGUGGCAGUAGCCUGGGUUUAUGGCGCUGAUAAUUUCUACGAUGCUAUUGAGGAGAUGAUUGGCUACAGACCAAACGGAUGGAUGAAAUGGAGCUGGAUGUUGAUCACGCCCGUGCUGUGUGUAAGCUGUUUCGUGUUUUCGCUGGUGAAAUACAAACCUCUCACUUACAACAAAGUGUACGAGUAUCCUGACUGGUCCAUCGGAGUGGGUUGGUGUCUGGCUUUGGCUUCAAUGAUCUGCAUCCCCAUGGUGGUGGUCGUCAAGAUCAUCCAAUCGGACGGCUCACUGAUCGAGCGGAUCAAGGCGGUGGCGGCGCCAGUGAAAGGAGCGAGCUCUCGUCCCAAAGAAUGCGUCCUGAAGAACAGCGAGCUGCUCCAUCCACUCGACCCUAACGGCACUUACGCCCUCACCAAAAACACUCACACCAUCGUAGAAACCACAAUGUGAGCCUCUCUAUGAGAGAAUGUUUCCCCUUCAUUCCCCCAAACCCCCCCACUCCCCCCCUUUACUUCCUCCCUUUAGUCGGAUCAGACUAGUGUAGUGUGUUCUUAGUUGUAUUUUUACACACGGAUGUAUCAGAUAUCUAUGGAAGCCCGUAAAAAAAGAUUCUCAGUCGCAAUUCUGACUUUAUUUCUCACCAAAUUUUGACUUUAUUUUGUUUUUUUUGUUUGUUUUUUUUAACAAUUCUGACUUUUUUCCCUUGCAAUUCUUGCAUUUUCCUCGCAAUUCCGACUUAAUUUUCUUGCAAUUUUGACUUCAUUUUCUCGCACUUCCAACGUUAUUUCUCACAAUUUCGACUUUGUCUCGCGACUUUUUUUCUCGCAAUUCUGACUUUAUUUGUCGCAAUUUUGCCUUUUUUUUUUUUUUUUGCCAAUUGAGGAGCAUCACCCCCUCCCCUCUGUAGUGCCAGAAAUCUUUACACGAUGAAAAUGAAAUAGGCUUCAAUCAGUUUUCAAUCAGUCAGAAUUGUGAUAAAAAAGUCGGAAUUGCAAGAAAAAAAUUUCGGGAAAAAAAAAACAACAAAAAAGGUGAGGUUUCUAAGAAUAAGGUGGAAUUGUGAGAAAUAAAGUCGCAAUUAGGCGAACGUUUUUAAUCUGGUGGAAAAGGGCUUCCAUAGAUAUAUAUAAAAAACAAUCCGGAUAAAUUGUUGUUUAGGAUUUUUUAUUAUUGUUAUUAUAUCAUUGUCAAUUCUUCUUUUCUUUUUCUUCUUCUUCUUGUAUUUUUCUUGUAAUAAUUACGAUAUCACUGUAAUCAUCGCUGGUAACGCUAAGAUUUGUCGAGGCUGAAGCUCCGAGCAUGAGAGAGCGAGAGGAACUCUAGGAACUCUAAGUCGUUUGGAAGAAUGUUAAGCCUUGAUUAUCAUUUUUUUUGAAAGAACAAAGACAAAUAGAGCAGUGGAAGUCAGUUUUUAAAGAGAGCUGCACUAAUCAGCAGGUAUGUAGAUUGUCGCAGUGACGCUUAUUGUACAGUGAGGCGUCCUGUUCAGCGUCUUGAUGAAGCUGAAUGUACCUCCGCUUUGUGCGGAAGCUCUGCACUGCUUACACACACACACACACACACACAACCACAUACACACACACACACACACAUUAAAUUAAUUUGUAGAGGGUUAAAUCCUUGAGUGUGCCCGUUUUUCGCAAUGGUGCCCUUUUCAAAACCCUUUGUGCACUUUAGUAAUCACUGCCAGAUGAGACAAAAACACACA